GAUAAAGAACUUAGUUGAAUCAAUAAAGUAAAAGACAAGCAUAACUGAGGGAGGUAGAUCCAUCCCUUUCUAAAGUGGCUCUUCCAGAAUUAAUAAUAAUCAUAUGCGAUUAGGCAUAUGAUCAUAUACUUAAAACAAGUACUUUAUUUUAAGUACUUUAGUUGAGGUAAUGCCAUUCAUUUAGGAGAAGAAGAGAGGAAAUAAUGACAGAGACUGCUGUAACCCUUGUCAUCGACAAGUUGUUCCAGUUGCUUGUCCAAGAAGCAAAUCUGCUAAGAGGUGUCCAUAAGGAAAUUGUGGGUAUUAGAGAUGAACUGGAGAGCAUCAGGUGUUUCCUCAAAGAUGCUGAAGCAAGGACAGAGAAAGGAGACCUCCACGAUGGUGUGAAAACUUGGGUGAAACAAGUGAGGGAGGCAGCCUAUCAUAUUGAAGAUGUUAUAGAUGAAUACAUUCUUCAUAUUGCACAGCAUCGUCAUGAGAAAGGAUUUGUUGCAUUCCUCCACAAAAUUGGUAGCUUACUGAAAAAUCUAAAACCACAUCAUGAGAUAGCCACUAAGAUUCAAGAUAUUAAAAUAUUAGUCUGUGAUAUCAAGGAACGAAGUGAAAGAUAUGGCUUUAAUUCCUCAGAGCAAGGAUCACGAACCAGUGCAACAAAUGCUACAUGGCAUGACCCUCGAGUGGGUUCCCUUUUCAUUGAGGAUGGUGAAGUUGUGGGCAUUGAAUCUACAAGGGAUGAGCUCAUAAGCUGGUUGGUAGGGGGCCCCUCUAAACGCUCAGUGAUUUCAGUGGUAGGCAUGGGCGGAAUUGGUAAGACCACUCUUGCCAAGAAAGCAUAUGAGAAUGAUUCAGUGAAGGGACACUUUGACUGCCGUGUUUGGAUCACUGUGUCUCAGUCAUACAACAUGAAGAAGAUACUCAUGACAAUGACAAAGAAUAUCUACCAGGCAAAAAAUGAAAGAGCUCCAGGGGAAAUAUACAUACUGGAUGAGAUCAUGCUAAUUAGCCAGCUCAGGGAAUAUUUACAGCGAAAGAAGUAUGUCGUUGUUUUUGAUGAUGUCUGGAAGACAGAGUUCUGGGAAGUUGUGAAACAUGCUUUACCCUGUAAUGACAGAGGAAGCAGGAUAAUCAUUACCACACGCAGUGAUCACAUUGCUGCUUCUUGUAAAGAGUUUUCAUCUGAUCAGGUCCACAAGCUAGAACCUGUCUCAAGAAAUGGCCUGGGAAUUGUUCUGCAGAAAGGCAUUCCAGUCUGAGUUUCAGGGCUGUUGUCCC